UCACGCUGCAGUGCGUUCUUCAUAUCCUGACCGCUACAAGGACAUCCGAGUUCCCAACUUUGUCCCACAGUACGAUAAGCAGACAGCGGAGGCGUGGUCUCUGACGUCGCUCGGGCUGAACCGUACUACAGCACUAGUCUGGCUGGAUGUCUGACUUCAGCCACGCAGGUUAUUUGGGAAAAUAUUUUAAACUCAUGCUUCAACUAAACAGACCAUAUAAUGCUAUCUUGUUCCUCCUGCAUUGGACUACGUGCAUCUUGUAUUUUGAGCGGUUUGGGGAAGUGCGACAGGAGACUAGUGCUAGCACUGCAGAAAAGACCAUCGUCCCGAAUCCAGGUCACUGUGUGCCCAAACUUGUGCUACCGUCCCUCAUCCGUCUGUUCAUCCCUCGCUUCAUGGGGCUGGUUUUGCAUUCUCUGACCCUGUUUUGUGUCUUGCCACAGACUGCUAGAAUCUGUUUCAAAUAAAUUUGUGCUUUUUAUGCAUGGACCAAAUCUGUAACUGCACAAUAACGGCCUCUGCCCAACACAUGGUAGCCUACUGUUGGAGUUUUAGCCCUUGCAAGAAUGUCAGUGAGCUCUCAGGAUAUAACCCACGGACUUUACAAGUGAGUUUGCACUCAGGAUUUAAACCAAGGACUUAUAUCCAGGUCAAUUUAAAAACAAGCAUCAAACACAGUAAAGCCACGAAGCUUAUGUAAAGAAAAAAUCAUGAGCUCUGACAGUUUCCAGUACCGUGCACUGUUCGAGUACAAGCAGGAGCGGGGGUGACGAUAUCUCCCUGCAGCCUGGAGAUCUUCUCACGGUCAGUAAGAUGGCACUGCUGACAUCCGAUUACCAGGAGGGUGAUGAGAAGUGCCCAAAGGGCUGGCUGCAUGGCACCAAUGAAUGCACUAAGGAGAAGGGCAACUUCCCCGGCACCUUUGUGGAGUAUGUUGGGGUCGUGAGGAUGGGCCUUACUUCAGGGAAGCCUUGGCCAAGACCUGUACCGCCAACACCUGUAGGGCCCCAGCCCCCAGGAGCCUCUGCUUCAGAAGGCCCCUGUGGAAAGGGAGAUAUGGAGCAGUGUGCUCUGCAUGACCAGUUCCCAGAUGUGGUGCUCAGGCUGACAGAGGCUCUUGAGAGACUGGACUGGGAGAAAGAAUCAUUGUACCGGUCCGGCCAGACCUCGACUGCAUCCCCAGGAUUAUUGCAGGCUUUGGAAACAGACCCAGCAGCAGUGGACUUUGAGCAAUAUGAAUUGUCCACAUUGGCUGGUACACUUAAGAGUUACAUUCAGGACUUGCCCUGCCUGCUCAUACCAGCUGUAGUGUACAGCGAGCUGGUCUACACUGCUCAAGAAACCCAAAGCAUAGAGGAGUGUGGACAGCAGCUGAAAAGAAUACUUGACUCUCCCAGUGUCCCUCAGGCAAACCACCAGCUCCUGGUUCAUCUGACCCGACACCUGAGUAAGGUGGCCAAAAGUGGGGGAGCAGCUCAGGCAAGCCCCAGGCUUCUGGCUCUGGCCUACAGCGAGGCCAUCUUUAAAAACAACCACUUCAGUGCGGAUGUAAACCCAGAACAUCAUGUGAAAAUUCUCGAGGCACUUAUCAUGGUUGGAGGCCUAAUGGAGAUACAAGCUGCUCCAGCUCUUCCUCCCAAGCCAACAAAACCCAUGACACCAGUAAAUGGCAAUGGUGUGAAAGAAGCCGCCAGCGGCUCAUUGCAAGAAGCAGAAUGGUACUGGGGAGACAUAUCAAGGGAAGAGGUGAAUGACAAACUGAGAGACAUGCCUGAUGGUACUUUCCUGGUACGGGACGCCUCCACCAAGAUGCAGGGAGAUUACACGCUAACACUAAGGAAAGGUGGAAACAAUAAGCUAAUAAAGAUCUAUCAUCGGGAUGGGAAGUACGGAUUCUCAGACCCGCUCACGUUCAGCUCAGUGGUGGAGCUCAUCAGUCACUACAGGCACGAGUCACUGGCCCAGUACAACACCAAACUGGAUGUAAAGCUCAUGUAUCCCGUCUCCCGCUACCAGCAGGAUCAACUGGUGAAAGAGGACAAUAUUGAUGAAGUGGGGAGGAAACUCCAGGAAUAUCACAAUCAAUAUCAGGAGAAGAGUAAAGAAUAUGACCGACUCUAUGAGGAGCACACAAAAACCUCACAGGAGAUCCAGAUGAAACGUACUGCAAUAGAGGCCUUCAAUGAGACCAUUAACAUUUUUGAAGAACAGUGUCACACGCAGGAACGCUACAGUAAAGAAUACAUUGAGCGAUUCCGCAGAGAGGGCAAUGACAAAGAGAUUGAAAGGAUUAUGAUGAACUACGAGAAGCUCAAAUCCCGUCUUGGCGAGAUUCACGACAGUAAGACCCGGCUCGAACAGGACCUGAAAACGCAGGCUCUAGACAACAGGGAGACGGACAAGAAAAUGAACAGCUUGAAGCCAGAUCUUAUCCAGCUCCGAAAGAUUAGAGAUCAGUACCUUGUUUGGCUCAAUCAUAAAGGUGUUCGACAGAAACGAAUAAACGACUGGCUGGAGAUCAAAAAUGAGAACGUGGAUGAAGCCUACUUCGUCAGUGAGGAGGAUGAGAACCUGCCACACUACGAUGAGAAGAGCUGGUUUGUGGGGGACCUUAACCGAACGCAGGCAGAGGACUUGCUACACAGCAAACCCGAUGGAGCCUUCCUCAUCCGCGAGAGCAGCAAGAAGGGCUGUUAUGCCUGCUCUGUUGUUGUGGAUGGCGAGGUGAAGCACUGUGUCAUCUACAGCACACCACGCGGCUAUGGUUUCGCAGAGCCCUACAACUUGUACAGCACUCUGAAAGACUUGGUCCUGCACUACCACCAGACCUCACUGGUCCAGCACAACGACGCGCUCAAUGUGCGGCUGGCGUACCCAGUGUAUGCACAGAUGCCCUCAGGCCCAAGGAGAUGAAGACUCGCCCCCCCAAUCUUAAACUCUCUAUACUCAUGGGAGAGGGGAACAGUUUCUGAACAAAAAACAUACAACAACAACAACAAAAAAACACUUGCUGCAACACACACGUCAGCCACCUUGGAGUUAUAUAUUUUUACAAGAACAAUUUGGAGGGCAUUCUUUCUAAAGACUGCUUGAUUUGCACAAGGAAGAUCUAAAUGUUUGUGAAUGUGAAUGUGUGGAGAGAAAAAAAAAAAAAGCAAGCAGGAAGCAGAAGAGACGAGUUUCAGGUGACCCGCGCUGCUACCUAAACUCCAGCUGGGACUUUUUACAUGCUCCAUUUUAGCUUAAGCUUUUUUUUUUUCCUGCCUCUAUUUUCUCACAUCUUUCUAAGGUGUUUUUUUUUUUGUCUUUGCAAAAUUCAAAAAUAUAUGCAAAGCAGGAGAAAUACAUUUGUAUGUCUCCAUCUCUGUUUGUGUGUUUCAAAAAGGCAAAAACUAUGUAGCAAAGAGACGACUGACACUUUCCAGAGUGAUCUCACAGUGACUGCUGCUGAACGAGGGGUUGUGGGAUGUUUGGGAGGGCACAAGUGAAAAUGUGUUGUCUUCUAAACAACAGCUUGGUUUAACUUAACCUUAGAGAGGUGUUUAUUUUUAUUUUUUUGUUAUUGGUUUCUUUUUGGCUGGAUCAAAAGUUUUUGAAAAGUUCCUUUCCUAAGCCAUUAAGUUCGCUACGGUUCAGUGCAGAGACCAAAGUUGGCAUGGGGAGGAUUUUAUUUGUUCGUUUUUUUUUUUUUUUUUUUUUUUUUUUUUACUUUUUGUGAUCAAAUUGGCUUGUAAUAAUUGAGUGAAAUUAUACUUUAUACACCUUGUUUGCGAACUACAUAAAAUAGUUUGGAUCUGUGUCUUAUGAACCGAAGCUCCACUUAUUUUAUUUUAUUUUUUUUUUUAUUUAAGAACCAAAAUCACACAGAAUCAAUUGACAUUAAGCACUUAGACCGCUGCACCAAAUUUAAAAAAACGAUUUGGGAUUUCACUAAUGUGACAUAUGAAGGAUUAAUUAGAUUUGUAUACCUGUCAAACACCUAUUCAAAAACGUUCUCCAGCAAGCAGGAGCCGUGUCAGAGCAGAUGUGCUUUAGUACGUGACUUGAAAAAAAUAAAUAAAAAAAGUGCAAUCCAGGUUUUGAUGGUAGCGAGGUGGUCUGACCGAGAGGGAAACAAACUGCUCUCAGUGGCAUCAAAAGUGAUAAUCACUAGAACCUUUUGAAGAAUUUCCUUUAAAAAGCCUCUUUAUUGCCUAGUGCUUCUCUUUUUAGCAGGUUGACUCGUUCUGUAUCAGAAAAGAGAAAAAACACUUUUCAAUGUUCGGCUGCCUGUUGGUUUUAAUUUCGCACAAUAAAACCUUGAUGUAAAGAUAUUCCAAGCUACUGUAUAUGCACAAUGUUCACUGUCGGUACAUCAGUUAUAUCUUAUACUUAGUGUUUUUUGUUAGGCUUCUGGCAUGCAGGUGUCCAGUUGAGUAAGUUCACAUUGAAAUUCUUUUUCUUUUUCCCUAACAGUUUACAAUUUGGUGGUAUGCUUGAGCUACAACAGACUGUUACAGUUUUACAGGCCAUUAACCAGCACAGACCGCUCUCACCCACCACUGCAACUAACUCACUCAAUGCACAGCAUAGUGAAUUAAACUGAAAACUUAAUGACAUUAUUUGUCCAAAACUGUCAUAGCAGUUCUUGACUAUUUUAUGUUUUGGCGAAUUGGUGACGAAUUCGAACAAUUGUUCCUUUUUGUAUGAUCUACUUAUACAUCAUUUAGGUUUAGGUCCAACAAUUAGGUUUGGGUGGAACUUCCUUUUUUUUUUUUUUUUUUGGUUUCAAAUAAAUCAUACAAAACCAGCAAAUCAUAAAAAAUAAUUCAUUUUCUCAUGAGAUUGUGUUAUUUGUUUCUAAAGUGAUCUCUGUGUUAUUUGGGACCAAAAACUUAAGUUGAAGUCUUUGUUGGAUGGUUGAAUGGGUUAGUUUGGUAAUGAUGGGAACCAGACCGAGCGUUUAGUCAGAGCAGCAGAGAUGAACUUGUAACCUAGAGUUCUAAUGAAAACCACAUGGAUACAGGGCAAGUGAUGAAGGUUUUUUUCCAUCCACUGUUCAUUUCAGUUGCUCUUUCGUUUUGCAGUUGCAAAUGACUGUGGUUUUCUUGGGUGUUACUGGCAGACCUGCCCUCAAUCGCAAUUCAGAACAAGCUAGCCUCAGCAGAUCAGCUGCUUGAUUUUAGUUCUGUGUGUGCCACCGUUCACGAUUACGUCUUUGCAGCCUUGGUGUCGCCGUCUUUUCUGUGGAACGUUUUUGGCUACAUUUUGGCAUACAUGUUCAAUAGCAUAGGUCCAGCUUUAUUUUCGUUUUAUUCGAUCUUCUAAAUGGUUUGAGUUUCAGAAUUUUUAUUUUUUAUUUUAUUUUUUUGAAGCUGGGCCCCAGAUGGGCCCCCUGUCUAUUACUUGAACUCUUGCAUCACUCACCAUUGAAUGUCUUUAAUACAUGGAUGCAUUUAUUAAUACACAGGAAAUCCCUUUUAUGGCAUGAGUGGAUUGAGUAUAAAAGUGUCUGAACUUGUUUAUUCUUAAGACUGGAACUCAUCUUGUGUGUUUUGUUGAAAGUAAAUGGGCUUAUUUAUGUUCACAGAGCUCCAAAGUGAUUAUUGGAGUCCAGUAUAGUGCACAUCAUAUAUGAAGAGUUUUAGAGUCGCGUACUAGACUGGUCACAGAGUUAUUUUAUGUUAUUUUCAGGCCAUUCAGGCCAUGUUCGUACAUGAUACCGAUUGAAGAAUUGUUUAUAAAAAUAAAAUAAAAAGGUUUGAAUUA